AUGGCAGUAAAAGAUCUGUUGAUUACUUGGAAAUUUAGUGAUGAAGUCAUAGGACAUUUCAUAGCCCAAGAAAUAGAAGUUGAUCAAUUCAAUAAUUUAACGGAAGAAGAUCUUAAGAUUUUAAUUCCAAAUUUUGGACACCGACGAAAAUUUCAAAAUAAUUUAAAAAUAUAUUUAGAUAAGAUUGCGCAACAAUUCUCAAAAAUUGAUUUGAAUAUUCAACAAGCUACACAGCGAGAAGAUAUUGCUAACGUAUCGAAAAAGCAAAAAAUAGAUACAGAACUACAUUCUGUAGAAGAAAUAAAUAUAGAGCAACAACGCUCCAUAGAAACAUCGUCUGUGAUAGAGUUACAAUGUAAUGAAGAUAUUGUUGUAGAAGAUAUCUGUCCGACUUCACCAUCUGCAUCUUCUACAUCUGCAAGUACAGGAUAUGAUGUUAUAUUUUUAACAAAUAAUACCACAGCACAAAAAAAGAAAUAUACAACUGACAAUGAACAUGUCGAUAAUGAAUACGAUCUGAAAUCUAUAUUGCAAAAAUCUGAAGAUGGCCUAUUGCUAUUAGGUUUAUAUAAAAAUGAAAAAACAUUAAAUAAUGAUUUGCGAAAUAAAUUAGCAAAAAUAAUAGUCAGUUAUGAGCUUUCACCUAACAUAAAUAACACCAUAAGUAGUGAAAGGGCAUCUUUUUUGAGUGAUCAGAUAAUAAAAUUGUUUCCUACUGAAGACAAGAGUGUUUGGUACAUAAAAAAUAAGAAAGGUGAAUCACAAGGUAGAGGAAAAAUUCUUACAAAAUAUUAUUGUACACGACGAAAAUUGAUUAAAGCUGGUUUGCUAAAUGUAAAAGCUGCUACAGAUUUUACUCAUAAUCAGAUUAAUGACGAAGAAAAUGAUAAUUACGAAGAACAUAUGUUAUGGCUACAAAAUAAUUCCAAACCAUGGAACAUAGUGAUAGACUGAAUACUGGUC